AAGGCAAACCAGUGGCCCAAGAUGACCGCUUUGAAGUGUCCACCUCUCCAGCGCGCCUCACCAUUCGUUCCCUCACCAAGGAGGAUCGCGGCAUGUUCCAAUGCCUCAUAGGCAACGGGUGGGACCAGGCGCAGGCGGCUGCUGAGCUGGACCUGGGCGACGCGGGGCCCGAGCUGGUCUACUGGUUCGCCGAGCAGACGCUGCAGCCAGGUCCGACGGUGUCCUUGAAGUGCGUCGCGCAGGGCAACCCGCCGCCGCAGUUCGCCUGGACGCUGGACGGGUUCGCCGUGCCCGACCAUCCCCGCUUCCUCGUAGGUCAAUACGUCACCAUCCAAGACGACGUGAUCAGCCACGUCAACAUAUCCAAUAUAAAGGCAGAAGAUGGCGGCGAGUAUACAUGUACGGCACACAAUAGCGUCGGCAAGAUUUCCCAUAGCGCACGAGUGAACGUUUACGGCCUUCCGUAUAUCCGGGAAAUGUCCAAAAUUACCGGCAUUGCAGGGUCCAGCCUCAUUAUAAAGUGCCCAGUGGCCGGCUACCCAGUGGAGACCAUCACGUGGGAGCGCGAGGGGCAGGUCCUGCCGACGAACCGCCGCCAGCGGGUGUACGCCAACGGCACGCUGGUGGUGGAGCAGACGCAGCGCGGCGAGGACGCCGGCACGUACACGUGCCAGGCGCAGAACAGGCAGAGGAACACUGCCAGGCGGGACGUCGAGGUCCAAGUCAUAGUGCCGCCCAAGAUCCUGCCCAUCAACCCGAUGACAGACCUGCUGCGCGAAGGCAUGCGCGCCGCCAUCACCUGCCAGAUCAUGGAGGGCGACCUGCCCAUCUCCUUCCGGUGGGAGCGCGACGGCCGCGCUGUGGCGACCGGCGCCGCCGUCGGGACGGCGAUACGACGCAUCGACGAGUUCGCGUCGUCACUGAUCAUCGACCAGGUGACCGCCGCCCACACCGGGAAUUACACGUGCGUGGCCAGCAACGUGGCGGGGGCCGAGAAGUACGUCGUGCCGCUCACCGUCAACGUUCCUCCACGCUGGACUGUAGAACCUUCAGAUGCAAGUGUAGCAGCUACUCAAGAGGCUACCAUACAUUGUCAAGCCGAAGGAUAUCCAAAGCCAGUCGUUACUUGGAGAAAAGCAGUUGGGGAACAACCUGGUGAGUACAAGGACUUCCUUUUCGAACCCAAUGUACAACAGUACCAGAACGGUUCCCUCAAUUUUGCCCACAUAUCCAAAGAAAACGAAGGGCAGUAUCUUUGCGAGGCCAAGAACAAUAUAGGAGCUGGAGUGAGCAAAGUUAUAUCUUUGAAGGUCAAUGCGCCAGCUCAUUUUUCGCAAAAAUCGAAGCAAAUUCAAGUUGUGAAAGGAGAACCUGCUCAUUUACAAUGUUCUGCGUUGGGUGAUACUCCAAUGGAAAUCAAUUGGAAAGUUGGAGGACAACACAUAUCAAAAGAUGGAGAUCAAAGAUAUUCCAUUCGCGAACAGAUUCUCGUCGAAGGAAUGGUCUCGGAGUUAGGAAUCGAGCGCAGCAUCCGACAGGACACCGGCAUUUUCAUUUGCUCGGCUGCUAACGCGUACGGCAGCGACGACAUCAACAUCCAAUUGAUCGUCCAGGAAAUUCCCGAACCGCCCAGGAACGUCAGGGUCAUGGACCAGAUGUCCAGGUCGAUAGGAGUGUCUUGGACGCAGCCGUAUGCUGGGAACAGCCCGAUUACCAGCUAUAUUGUGCAGUACAAACCAGGAGCAGAUGCUUGGCCUAAUCAACCUACGAAAGUCUCAGUGCCUGGUUCUCAAACGACAACGACUAUUCCAAAUUUGCAUCCAGCUCAAGUGUAUCACUUGAGGAUUCUAGCUGAGAAUCGACUAGGCUUGAGUGAUCCAAGUCAAACUGUACAAGUCAGUACUCUGGAAGAGAUUCCUAGUGGUGCUCCUGUUGAUAUAAGGGCCGAACCGAAAAGUUCUACAGAAUUGGUCGUCACUUGGGAACCACCUGCAAGAGAAACGUGGAAUGGAAACCUCCUUGGAUACCACGUAGGGUACCAGGAGUAUUCUGGCGAAGAGGCAAACAACGUAGCUCAAAAUUUCGUUUUCAAAAGUGUGGAGGUUAGGCCACAUUAUGGUGGCGAAGCUACUCUACAAGCACUUUCAAAGUUUUCAACUUAUAGUAUAAUUGUACAGGCUUAUAAUAGUAGAGGUUCAGGUCCAGCUAGCGAACCAGUCACCGCAAGAACUCUAGAAGACUCGCCUACCCUACCUCCAGAGAAUGUUCAGUGUUCUGUGGUUAAUGCUCAAAGUUUACACAUAUCAUGGGAACCCCCACUUCUUGAGGGUCAAAACGGUAUCAUCCAGGGAUAUAAAGUGACUUAUCAUUCUGUCGGAGAGUGGUUUGACAACGAAGACCAACAAACGAAACUAGUUAGUCAAUUGCGCACAACGAUUUCUGGGUUGAGGAAGUAUACUAAUUACAGUAUGACUGUUUUGGCAUACACUUCUACUGGAGAUGGUGUCAGAUCUGCUCCAGUAUAUUGUCAGACUGAAGAGGAUGUGCCCUCUUCUCCUGCUCAAAUAAAAGCUGUUCUGAGUGCCCCUAACAAAAUAUUAGUUUCUUGGUUACCCCCGAGAUACAGCAACGGUCCCUUGACUGGUUACACAUUCUACAUGAGUGUCGUAGAAGAUGGCCAAGAAGAAGGCACACACAAACGCGCACUCAAUCCAAAUACGGAAAUGCACGAAGUUAUACGAACUCAAGAAACGUCCACUCUUCAGUUUUGGGUUACUGCCUCCACAAGAAUAGGUGAAGGUGAGAGUACCAGAGUAGCAACAGUAACUCCUUCCAAAAACGUACCUGCAAAGAUAGCCUCGUUCGGCCAUGAAGUGAUAAGCACUUGGAAGCAAGACAUCUAUCUUCACUGCCGCCGUGUAGGCAUACCCUUCCCCAACGCUAUCUGGAGAUUGAAUGACAAGCCCCUAGAAGUAGGGGGUCGCUGUUCGGUCUUAGCUAAUGCAACAUUGAUUAUUAAAGAUAUACAAAGCGGGGAUCAAGCGAACUAUUCUUGUAGUGUAGAAAAUCAAUACGGUAAAGAUGAGAUUGUUUAUAGUUUGAAAGUGUUAGUGCCCCCCGAAGCUCCAGUGUUAACCGUUGUGGAGUCUUUCACGGAUAGUCUACAGUUGAGAUGGAGCGAUCAAGGAAACGGUGGGUCGCCAAUUUUAGGUUAUGUCAUUAAUUAUAAAAGGAAUCAUGGCGACUGGGAGGAGUUGCAGAUUUCGGCAAGAACUGAUGAGCAUAUGCUGAGAAACUUAUGGUGCGGCACCAAGUACCUUUUAUACAUUACUGCCUUCAACAGAAUCGGUACUGGGUUGCCUUGUGAUAUUGUACCUGCCCAUACGAAGGGCACAGUACCUGUGCAGCCCAAACAAUCCCAGAUGCUAACGAUGAACUCUACUGUCGUGACAGUUUGGUUAGACUCUUGGGGUGACGGUGGUUGCGGAAUCCUUUACUAUAUGGUAGAGUACAAGCAGUUUAGGCACUUAUCUUGGACAACAUCUUCCAACCAUGUUAAACCUACAGAGAGAAUAUACAGCAUCCAAGACUUAAUGCCUGCGACUGAAUAUCGGCUCAAAAUAACUGCUCAUAACAACGCAGGAGAUACUGAAGCAAUCUAUAAUUUUACAACGCUAACUGCGUUAGGUGUUGUUCCGGAGUUGGCGCCGCCAGUGUCACAUUCGGGAGAUCAUCCAUUUUAUGCAAACGCCAAAGUUCUUGUGCCAAUAAUGUUAUCAUUACUUGUUUUAGCGGCUUUGAUUGCCACUCUAUUCUGGAGAAGAAAGAUUCGACAGGACGAGCAGACCCAAUCAAUAGGCGAGUCCCCGUCGAUGGCCCAGAUCCAGAACAAGCAGAACCGCGACCAGCAGUACCUGGCGGUACGCGUGGGGCGGGGCCAGCAGCCUCUGGCGGAGUCAGUCGACUACAAAGCGGAAUCGGCCGACUACAUCGAAGACAUCUGCCCUUACGCCACCUUCCAACUGUCGAAGCCCGCGUACAGCGAGAGCUCCUACAGCGGCAACGUGUACAGCGGGCCGUACCACUCGAGUAAAGAACACGAAUAUUCCAAAGUGAGGAGAAAAGGGGGAAGACUGAGAGACCCACAUUCAGAGAGUCAAGAAUCUGAUAACCUGGGCAGCACUGACUCAGAAGUGAAGAAGAUAUUAACUCUUCACCUGCCUAUUUCAGAGUACGACACCCUCGGCUCAGAUUCUGAGGGAGAUGCUAGAGCGACCAGUCAGGAGAUGAUGUCGUUCACUCACAGGAUGAGAGGAGGAGCCGAGGGAUCGUCCUCAUCAUCCGAAACUUCGCCGCCGUCUGGCAGCGUCGGCAGGAAACCGUACCAAUCCCGUAAGGGCAAAAUCAAGGCCACGCCGUCGAACAAGCGUCACGUGCGCAGUAGCAGCGGCUAUUCCAGCCACAACGAAGAGACCACGUUCAGCAUCUCGCAUGCUCCCAGCUUCAACGAGCGCAUCCACCCGCCGAGCAGGUUCAGCGAUCUGAAUCCGCGCAGUCUGAGCGAGUCGGUGUAUGAGAAAGGGCUGAAGGCGCGCGGCAUGUCCAAGCUGAGCAGGGAAACGUUCCAGAUAAACGUCUGA